AGGCGUGCACUUUUGCAACGAGGAGGGACGGAGGGGAAGAGUCGAGUGGCCGAGCGGAUACAGGCGUGUCACUUCCGUACAGUUGCUCCGUUUCUCGAGUGUUGCACGGAGGGGUGGCGAUGCUGGAGUAGUUCAUUUUCGUUUGUUGCGACCACUCAUAGAUAUAUAAUAUAUAUAUAUAUAUAUUUUUUUUAACCUACGUUGAAUCGAAGUAUCUUCUCUUUUCGCGAGAGAGAAAGAGAGAAAGAGAGAGAGAGGAUAGAAAUGCUGUAGGGCGAGAGAAGGAAGAUCGAAAUUCGAGCGUGUAUGGUGGAUUAUGCGUGAUCGUGGGAAGGAGGAAGUGAGGUAAAAGUGUUUUUUCGAGGCAAAAGCGGGCCGGCGAGCGAGGGGGCUCCGGGAUUCGAGCAACAGGAAAAUACGAGCUCGAUGCCGGAGGCUUCAGGGUCAGAGGUGGCCGACGAGUCGGAUUAUUCGAUUUUCGAGAAUAAGGCCGGCUUGGCCGAGGAUAUGAAGUUUCUGGCAAGUAUGCCAGAACUAUGCGACGUGACCUUCCUCGUCGGUGAUACCAAAGAACCUAUUUGCGCUGUGAAGGCUGUUCUAGCGGCCAGAAGUAGAGUUUUCCAGAAAAUGUUUUACCAAGCGCCAAGUCCACAGCGUAAAAAAGAGCCGGCACCGAAAGAGAAUAAAAUCCGCCUGUUUCUAAAGAGAAGCUCGGAACCGUUGUUGAAUCUGCAGAAUGCAGCGCAACAGCCGAAUCAACAUCAUACGGUGAUCAUCGAGGAAUUUGAACCUGAUGUGUUUCGCCAGCUGAUCGAAUACAUUCAUACCGGAUGUGUGACAUUGCAGCCUAGAACAUUAUUGGGAUUGAUGAACGCAGCUGAUUAUUACGGAUUAGAACAACUGAGGAAAGCUUGCACCGGAUUUGUGCAAUGUUGUAUAACAGUGGACACGGUGUGCGCUUUAUUGGCGUCAGCUGAACGAUACAUUCAGUACAAAUGUACAAAAUCCUUGGUUCAUAAGGUAUUUGAAUUCGUAGACGAACAUGGCAACGAAGUGUUGAAUUUAGGCUCGUUCACCCUUCUCCCUCAACAUGUAGUUCGUUUAAUCCUCGCUAGAGAAGAGUUGCGUGCCGAUGAAUUUACCAAAUUCCAAGCGGCCUUGAUGUGGAGCAAGAAAUAUUGCGACAGCAAUCAGAAUCAAGAUCUGAAGGACGUGAUAGGCAAUUUUCUGGAGUACAUUCAAUUCCACAAGAUUCCUGCAAACGUGCUUAUGAGGGAAGUUCACCCUCUGGGCCUGGUACCUUCGGGGAUCAUAGUGAACGCGUUGGCCUAUCAGGCAGACCCGACCAGUGUCGACCCCGGAAAGCUCUCCCCCCACAAAGUGAAGCACCAGGACCGUAGUCUGUCGGUGCAAUCCUCGUUGCAGGACCAAUUCGGGAGCAACACGUCACUGAGCUCGACCGGGUCAUACGAGGGGUCCGACGAGAAACAGCAUUCAGGUAAAUACGGCAUAGCGGAGCAGGAAAUACGGGAGAAGGAACAGUGGCAGAAGCACAGGCAGGAAGAGGAGGAUCUGCAACGGCUGAUCGAGCAGAGGAGUCAGUAUCAAUCGAUGAGGCAGGACGAGGUGCAACGGCAGCACGACGAACAGCUGAUCAGAAGGCAGGAGGAGGAGUUGAGGAGGCAGGAGAUGCAGGAGGAGUUCGAGAGGAGGCAGAAGAGUAUGAAGAAGAAGAAGCAGGAGGAGGAGUUGAAGAGGAAGAGGGCGGAGGAGGAAUUGAAGAGGCAGAGGGAGGAAGAGGAGCAGAGGAAGAAGCAAGAGGAGGAGUCGAAGAGGCAGAGGGAAGAGGAGGAGAAACGGAGGAAGCGGAGGGAGGAGGAAGAAGAGGAGAAAGGAGAAGGAGGGAAGAAGGUGGAAGAUGUGGCGAAGCUGGAGGACGAGAAGAAGAAGAAACGAUUGGAAGUGGAAUUGAGGGACGAGGAGGAAAAGAAGAAUUUGGAGAAACAUCGAAAGGAGAAGGAUCUGGGGAAGGCAGAUCACGAGGAAAUUCCACAGAAGAGAUUGAAAAGUGAAGAAGAUGAGAGACGUCAGGAAUUGGAGCAGCGAUUAGUAACGGCGAUCAAAGAUCAGGAUCGAGAAGAAUCAAUUGUACCAAAAGAAGAGGAGAAAUUAGGUGGGCAGCUGGAGGAAGAAAGACGAAAGCAGGAAGAGUUGUUGAAACAGCAAAAGGAAGAGGAGCAACGAAGAAUUCGCGAAGAAAAGAAGAUGCAAUUACAGCUGGAGGAAUUGAAAGCUCAUUGGACGUCGCAGCAGGAAGUAAUGUUGAGAAUGCAGGAGGAAGCGUUGCAACGACAGAUAGAGGAAAGAAGAUACGAGGAUCAAUGGGAGAGCAGACAAUUCCAGCAAUUGCAAUUGCACAUAGAGGGUCGAAAACCUGAGGCAGAGAAGAAGUUGGAGCAAAGACAGACAUCGGAACGAAAAAGAGGGAGAAAGAGGAAGGAGGGAAGAGUGGAGAUUAGGGUGCACGAAGUUGAAUCGCCGAAGCGUGAACAGCAACUUGCAGAUGGCGUUACUGGUUUCUACAUAAAGAUAGUCGUGAGACAGGAAGGCAGAGCCAAUUUAGUUUGGUUGUUCAAAACGCACAAAUUUUGAAUGAUUCUCGUUUCUCAACUUCUUUUCUCGGUUUGCCACUGCAAUUAAAGUUUAUAAUUGAUUGAUUCUUUUUCGAGGAAGAAGAAGAUUAUUCCAAGGUAUGACUAUCAUUCUUCGUAUCGUUUAAAUUUUCAUCUCACAAAGAAAUUUUCACUUUACGUGUAACGAACCGUUGUUUUUCUUUUUUCUUUCCUCUCUUUUUUUUUUAAAAAAACAUCAAUAUAAUUUUUUAUCGUUGUAUUAUACACAGAUUACAUUUAAGAUAAGUGUAAAGAGAUGUUCACUCAUGAUGGUUGUUAAAUCCAGACCGAAUGUCUGUACGUAGAUAAGGUACGUGCUCAUUGUUGAAGUGAUUUAAUAGAAUACAGUUAAAUCUUACUGCGAUAUAUCAUUAUUUUAAGGGUAUAUUUAUAAUUUGUACAGUCUGUGAGGUCUCUAAAUUCAACCGGAGAAUUAUGAGUUCCGCUGCUCAAAAAGAAAUUGUCAGAAAAUUAUGCGCUCGAACCUAUUUACUUCUAAUGAAAUUUCCAUUGUUAAAGUAUCAUUUACGAUUCGAACGAUUGAUUUAUCCUAGGGAAUUAUCCGGGAAACUGAUUCAAAAUAAUUCUCCGAUUGCUUCGAGCGGUGUACCAACAUGAAACGUAACUGUUAUCGACACCGAUUUUACGAGUGUUAAUUUUACAACUGACACAUUAACGACUACUUAUAUACAAUAAUUUACAUACGCUGCCUGUCUCUGAAUUCCCCGGCCACUUCUUCAAUCUAAUCAUUAUCAAUUACGCGGUGUCACGCCACUAAUGAAAGAACACGACUUUCGUCGACAUCAAUCAAACUUUCCUGUGAAUCAAGUAAUUUCAUAAUAACUUAUUAUUGCUCUUAGCCUCGAAUUUUUUUUAUUCUUAUAACAGCUGUUAUUAUGAUAGACUGUCUGAGAUAUAUUUUACGCCAAGCAUCUCGAACAUCCAUUUUCGAUCAUUCGAAAAAAAAAAAAAUCUGUUUUUCUAUUUUCCGUUCGCAAAAUUGGACUAUCUAACGUAAUCAUUUCUCAAUUAUUUUUAUGAUUAGCGAAUCGAUAACAAUUCUUUUUUCUAUCAUAUAUGAUUUUUUAAAGAAGAUUCAGAAUUAAUUUUGAAGAUGCGUGUCUUUGCUUUGAGUAAGAUCAUCUUCGUUUUAUUAGUGAUGGAUAAUAAUUAUUGGAGUAUACGUAAAAAAAAAAGAUGUAAAUAAUAUUAAAAAUUUACUGUACAAUAAAAAUUACGAAAAAUUACCCUUCGUUAUCGUAUUAUUUGUGACAAGAAAAUUUUUAUCAAUCCACAUAUAGCGGAAAUAAAUUAAAAUAUUCGUGUUACAUGGUCCAUUCUAUAGUAUAGCAAGUGUUACGAUAAAAAUUGUCGAAAACGUCACAAUAAAAAUUAUCGAUCGUUAAGAAUUAAAAA